AUGUCCUUCGAAGUUUUUUUAAGUCUAAAUUUUCUUACAUUGUGCCCGAGGUUUGCCAUGGAGAACAAUGGGGGAAGCGUCACCGUUCGAGAAGGCGACAGACAUUUUGCUGAAACCACUGUUUAGUUUAGUAGAAGAAGAAGAGAGCAAAGAGCAAUGCUAUCGUUUUCAUCUUCCGUUUCCAGGGCCCUCCGUUUUUUCUCUCCCCAAAACCCUUCUUACAUAAACGCCAAUUCAAAACCUGCCAAUCAUCUGUCACUUUCUUCCGCCGCCUCCCUCCGUAUGCCACACCUCUCCUCUUCGCAUUUGCCCGCAGCAAUCGAACCCGACCAUAAUCGCCGCUCGAUUUCAUCGGUCUCGCUUCCCUCGCUCGACUUUCAGGACGUCCACUUCUUCAAGUCUCCCUGCAAUGUUGAGAUCAUUGUCGAAGAGAACGAGCCGGAAGAGAGUCUCGUUGGUCGCUUCCGCCGAGAGGUCAUCAGGGCAGGAGUUCUCCAGGAAUGUAGAUACCGGAGGUUCUUUGAGUCCAAUCAGGAUAAGAAGAAACGCAAAUCUCGCAAUGCUGCCAGGCGCAACCGGAAAAGGCGCUUCCAACCAAAAUUUCAACAAGGGGUCAUGGAUAGAACUCAGGAGGAGGGUGGUUAUAAAUCAGAUGAAGAUAACUGGGUCUUCAAUGAUUUUGAACUACCAUAUGCUUAAACAAAGGUCUCUGGUAUGGAAUUAAAGUCCAUAUUGUUUUGGUGGCAGGGAAGUCAUAGUGACAGGAGGAGAGGCCGAGAGAGAAAGGAAAAUGACAUGUAUAGUUGAUUUUGCCGAAUCAGUAGCUGUGAAGUUGGGCAUUUGUGCUACGAGUAUUAUUUUGCAGUGUAUACUAUUCAUGAUCAUAAGAUUCAUAGUCAAGGCCGUUUUUUAGCUUCUGGUAUUAUGGUCAUACUCCUAUUUUCCGAUGGGCAUUUUCACAAACCACGAAAUUAUAGAAUUAUACUCCCUAAGACAUUAAGAUAAAACAACAAUUUACGAUAUGUAAUGGGCAUAAGGGAAGUCCAAAUCAAUGAGAUGAAUUUUG